AUGUCAGUUUGACUAUUUUGUUUGUGACAUUAUUUUGUGAUCGUCAAUUUGGCUGAAAAGUAAUAAAAAUUUUGGUUGCGAAAAUCUUGUAAAUUCAUAAUAUUGUAAUUCAUGGAAGGUGUUUUGUGGAAAUGGACAAAUUACUGGAACGGUUGGCAAACCAGAUGGUUCGUACUAGAAAAUGGUAUUUUGUCGUAUUACAAGUCCCAGGAAGAAGUAAAUCAAGGUUGUAAAGGGUCGGUGAAAGUAGCCGUAUGUCAGAUAAACGUGAAUACUAUUGAUUCAACCCGUAUGGACUUGGUGAUACCUGGCCAACAGCACAUGUAUUUGAGAGCACCGUCUCCACAAGACAGGCAGAAGUGGCUGGUAGCUUUAGGAAGUGCUAAAGCUUGUGUUGAUUCUAAAGGAGACUUAGUUCCAGUAUUAGAAGACACAAAUACACUGAGCCACAAGAAGUCAGAAUUGCGUCUGUAUUGCGAUCUGAUGAUGCAACAAGUACAUGCUGUCAAGAGUGCUGCCACUGCAGAAGAGGGUCCGGAGGUACAGAAAAUCGAUGAUGCAUCAAGUCUACUGACGUCAACAUGCGACACCUUCAUUAGAACCCUGGAAGACAUAAUGAAACUCACUAGCCAUGUUGGGGGCAAUGGCGUCCCAUUUGAUAUGCCUCUUCCAAAUUUGACCAAGAACAACUGCUCUAAUAAGUCUCAACCCUCAAACAAGACCCCACGACAGAGUCUGAACCGGUCUUUAUCUCAAGAGAAUAGGUGAAAUUAUGGGAACCCCAUAUAGUAUUUGUAUAAGAUAAAAAUGUAAAUUGAGUUUAAGGCUUGUACAUAAAUAUAAAUUUGUAAAGUUUGUAGAUGUUUGUGUUGUUGUUAAAAUGUUCACUGAACUGUAACUAUUCAUUGUAUAGUUUUGCUCCUCUACAAACUUAUUUAGUUUUCAAUGCACUAUGUAUAGUAAUGCAUGAAAAUACAUAAUAUAACUUUUAUAUCCUAGUGUUAGAUAAGUCAUCGUCUUGUGAUCUAUAAUGUCAACUGUUCCAUGUUAGAGCAGACAAUUGUUAUUGUAUGCAAAUUGCCAAAAAAUUUGGUUAUAUUAUGUUCAUGGCUGCAUAUCAGGAAAGUAGAAUUUAUAAAAAAUUGUUUGUCUUAGAAAUGGCAAUGUGAUCUAAUAUAUAAUAUAGAGGCUUUAUUUAUAUUUAUUACUGUUUUCGUAUUAUUUCUGUGAUAUGUGGAAGGCAACUGAAUGUAAUUUUUUAUGUAAUGUACUUAAUACUCUAUUAUGUCAUAGAAUGAACCUUAUUCUUACUGAAAUUAUUAACAUUCCUAUUUAAAUUUGGCUGUAUAUGUAAAAUUAUUUUGUAUUCAUUUAUUAUGUAACAUUCCUUACAAAAAUAAUAUUUUGUGUAUCUACAAGGAAAUAUGUAAUGAAAGUCAAGUUUUUGUUGUUUCUUUCUAUUGUAGCAUAAUAAUAACAAAAUUAUACCAUAAUAAAAAUUAAUAAACGAACUCACACAAGAAA